GGUUUAAACAUUUGGCAUUUAGUGAGGAACUUUUAGUCUUUCGAAAUGUCUCGCAACGCAAAGGUUCACGAAUGGGAAAACAAUGUCGAUAUUCAGAUUUUUAGAGAAUAUUUGAGGAUUCCAUCUGUGCACCCUGACAUCGAUUACGAUGGAUGUGUCGAAUUUUUGCUCCGACAGGCAUCAAUCCUGGAGCUGCCGUGCGAGGUCAUCGAAGUUGAUCCUGGAAAACCGGUGGUGCUGAUGACUUGGAACGGGACCCACCCUGAAGAGGGCUCCAUCUUGCUCAAUUCGCACAUGGACGUCGUUCCGGUUUAUGCGGCCAAAUGGAGUUAUCCACCCUUUUCGGCCCACAUGACAGACGAUGGCAAGAUUUACGGCCGAGGUUCGCAGGACAUGAAAUGCGUUGGAAUUCAAUUUCUGGCAGUAAUUCGUGCCCUGAAGCGUGAGGGGGUUCGUUUGCGGCGGACUGUGCAUGUAACAUUUGUCCCGGAUGAGGAAAUCGGAGGCACUUUGGGCAUGAAGGAAUUUGUUAAAACGGAUCGUUUUAAGCAGCUGAAUGUGGGCUUUGCCAUCGAUGAGGGUUGCGCUAGUGAGAAUGAGGUUUUCUACUUGUUUUAUGCCGAACGGGUAUUGAGGCGUGUCAACUUUUAUAUUUCCGGUACUCCGGGACACGGUUCACUGCUGCUGAAAAACACUGCUGGGGAAAAGGCCCGCUUACUGAUUGAUCGGAUGAUGGAUUUUCGAAAACAUGAAGAAACCCGAUUAGCGAACAAUUCCAAACUUUUCAUUGGAGAUGUGACAACGGUGAAUCUUACCAUGAUGUCGGGCGGGGUCCAAAGCAACGUGGUGCCACCGGAGCUGAUGCUAUGUUUUGAUAUCCGGGUGUCCCUGGACCCGGGCGCUACGGCCAUGGAAGAAAAAAUUGAGCAGUGGUGCCAGGAAGCUGGCGGUGGCAUACGGAUCGAGUACGGCGAGAAAGAUCCGGAGCUGCAACCGACAAAGCUGGACAAAUCGAACCCUUUUUGGGUAGCAUUCAAGAGGUCGAUCAACGCCAUGGAACUCGAAAUACAACCCCAGGUGCUUCCUGGAGCCACUGAUAUCCGGUUCCUUCGGGAGCAGGGCAUUCCCGCGCUAGGAUUUUCGCCCAUGAAUAACACACCGAUUUUGUUGCAUGCCCACGAUGAGUAUCUGGGUGCAGAUGUUUUCCUUAAAGGCAUAGAAAUCUACAAAAACAUUAUAGUUUCGGUAGCAAACGUCAAAAGUGAAUCUUAACACAUUGCGGACCAAUUACGAAAAUUAACGUUUUUUACUUGCCGCGUUAUGUGCUACUCAAAUAGAAGCAUAACUCAAAUGUUAGAAAUCUAAUGAUGAAACUUUGUUCUACAAAAAAAAAACAACACCAAAUUUCCGGCGACUCAAAGAUACUGAAAUUGAAAAAUUGGAUCCAGCGAAUUGUUAAAUAUAGAAUAACGAAAUUUGGUGUUUCUAGGCUUAGAUUUCUUCGCGGUCCUUAAUGUGAUAAAAAUAGCUAAUAAAUUUAUGCGCUGAAUAAUAGAACAACACGUUUGCAUAAUUUGGAGAAUUCUUCAGCGUUUGAAAACUUUUUUUCACUGUACUUUAAGCAUUUCAGUUUUCUUUAGUUCAAAAUGAGUUUUUCACUCAAUUCCAUGCACAAAAAUUGGAUCCGGUGCAGCAAACAAAUCAGAUUUGCGUGACAAUAAAGGGCGGUCGAA